AUGCUGUCAAAUUACUUCGUUGGAAGAGUGGCAAAGCCCUACAUCCAGUUUGGUCAUCUAUCUAGACGAGAGAAACUCCAACAGAAAAGCUACGAACACGAGACAUUACUGCUAAUGUCCCACAACACAAUCUCUCUCUCUCUCUCUUAUCCCACUGUUACAAUCUGUUCAUAUUUCUCUAUAUUACAUUGUCACAACCUUUCUAUCUCUGUUAUAAUCUAUACUUCUCUCUCUCCCUUUCUCGUUCUCUUUCUCUCUCUCUCUCUCUCUCUCUCUCUCUCUCCGUCACAAUCUGUACUGCUCUCUCUCUCUCUCGUUCUCUUUCUUUCUCUCCCCGUCACAAUCGGUACUGUUCUCCCUCUCUUUCACUUUCUUUCUCUAUCUCUCUCCGUCACAAUCUGUACUUCUCUCUCUCUCUCCCUCUCUCAUUCUCUUUAUCUCUCUCUGUCAAAAUCUGUACAUCUCUCUCUACCUCUAUCGUUCUCUUUCUCUCGCUCUCUUUCAGUCAGAAUCUGUUCAUCUCUGUUUAACCAUUUCUAUCUCUGUCACAAUUUGUUGAUAUCUCUCUUUUUCUUCUCUCUGUCACCACCUGUUCAUAUCAAUCUCGGCCUGUUCUCUUUCGCUCUCUCCCUCUCUGUCACAAAUUGUUCAUAUCUAUCUAUCUAUCUAUCUAUCUAUCUAUCUCGGUUAGCUUAUUAUAUGUGUCUCUAUCCAUCACGAUUUGCUCACUAUCUAUCUAUCUAUUUCUGGUUGUUCAUUUUCUAUCUAUCUAUCUAUCUAUCUAUCUAUCUAUCUAUCUAUCUAUCUAUCUAUCUAUGGUUGUUCAUUUUCUAUCUAUCUAUCUAUCUAUCUAUCUAUCUAUCUAUCUAUCUAUCUAUCUAUCUCGGUUAG